CGACAACAACCGGAAGCGGAGGAAUAGAGUUUGGAAAUCCGUUGGCUAGAGCGUCGUCUAGGGAGCUGGGGGCGCAUGCGCAAGUGGUGCGCUCUCUCUCUCGCCUUCCUCUAUGGUCGCCCCCUUUUUUGUGGGCGGAACCGGAAGUGCGGCGGUCGCGAGGGAGGGACGGAGCGGGUCUGGCCGGGCGCUGCUGCGAGGGAAGGCGCCUGAGGCAGAGGCGGAGGAAGGCCGGGCCCGGCGCGGGAGCCCAUGGCAGCGGAGGCGGAGCCUUGGCCGCGGAGGUUGCCGCCCGGAGGAGAAGGAGAAUGAGUACGUGCUGUUGGUGCACACCUGGUGGUUCUGAAGCCAUCAAGUUAUUAAGACGCUAUGCUUCUGCUACAUUGGAAUUUACUGCAGCAAAUGAUGACCUCUGUUACUGUCUGGAGUGUGUGGAUGAGUACCACAAAGCCAGAGAUCAGCUCCCAACGUUGCAUGAGGUCUUGUGGGAGUUGGAAACUAGCCGUCUUGUUGCCCACUUUGAGAAAUCUCUGAAGGAGGAUGGUGAAGAUGAUGACCUCUACAUUGUGGAAGAAGACAGGGAGACCCCCUUGUGCUGUUUCACGGGUCCUGGCUUUGAAAAGCACCUCCGAGUGCCAUUGCUGGAAAUACUCAAGUAUCCAUAUCUGCUCCUCCAUGAGCAUGUCAGCGAACUCUGUGUUGAGGCUCUUUGUAAAAUGGAGCAAAUCAACUACUCCUAUCAGGUGGUUGGCAAACAUCCAGGGAUCUACCUGCUCAUGGUACACCCCAACGAAAUGAUCCGGCGCUGGGCCAUCCUGACAGCAAGGAGCCUGGGGAAGGUGGACCGGGAUGAUUACUAUGACAUCCAAGAAGUGCUGACUUGCUUGUUCAAAGUCAUUGAGCUGGGCCUUUUUGAAAAUCCUGAUAUCUAUCAUUCUUCAGUAUUUAAGAAGGGGAAGCUCAUACUGUUACCUUCUCAUUUGUAUGACACCACUAACUACAAAAAUUACUGGCUUGGCAUUUGUAUGUUGCUGACUGUUCUGGAAGAACAAGCGAUGGAUUCGUUGCUCCUUGGCCCAGACAAACAGAAUGACUUUAUGCAAUCCAUAAUGAACAUCAUGAGGAAAGAAACAGAUGAUGAAAGUAACAAUCCUUUCUGGCCAGCACUCCACUGUUUCAUGGUGAUCUUGGAUAAACUUGGAUCCAAAGUGUGGGGCCAGCUCAUUGACCCAAUCCAGGCAUUUCAAACUAUUAUCAACAACGCAAGUUAUAAGAAAGAAGUAGAGAGCAUUCGCACAAGUUGCAGGAGGACCAAAUCUGAGCCAUUGUCAGACUACGGAGAUGAAAUGGUUACCUGCAGCCAGAUUGUGUAUAAUUACCACCCAGAAAGGCCCAACAAGGAUACCGGAUGGAGGACUGCAGUCUGUCCAGAUUACUGCCCUAACUUGUAUGAAGACAUGCAGACGCUAACAGAUAUGCUUCAAUGCGACAUUCUUCGGGACAUGCGGUUACACAACAGCACGUUUCUUUGGUUCAUCCCCUUUGUUCACUCCCUUAUGGACCUCAGGGACAUGGGUGUGGCCUACAGUGUGGUGGUCAUUCACCACCUGUGUUCAGAAAUCAAAGAUACCCUUAAUGACAUUGUUCAGUCUUGUGACAAAGUGUCAGAGUUUUUCAUCUGGAUCUUGGUGUCAAUAGUGGAGCUCAGUUUUAAGAAGAAUGGUCUGCAUUUGUUAUGGGUCAGCUCAGAAACGUGGGUAGAGGUGAUAGUGAAAUGUACCAGCCUUCCCAGUGCUGUGUUUUUGCGUGGUGUUGACAGGGGGGUGAGCCGAAACUGUUCAAGAAGCACAGCAGGGAUGCCCUCUUGGGAGCCUGAAUCAGUACAGUUGGCUUGCAUGAAUCUGAUACGUAACAUCCUGAAGGAAGGCUACCAGGUUGGACAGAAAAAUAAACAAUUCCUUGAUGAACUCAACUUGCUUCGGCGCAGUCGUGAGGCCUGGAAGCUGAGCCCCCAGCAGGCUCAGGAGUUACAGGAAUGUCUGAAGCUCAUCCUAAGAAGCAUCUGGAACAAAUCAUUGAAUUUGGCCUCCCACAGGGAUUCCUCUGCAGUUUGUUCACCUCCUACCUCUCUGUCAAUAAAACAGGAGAGGUUUCCAGUGAAUCCACACCAUGAGCUCCCAUCAUAUAUGCCACCAAAAGGAAGGGAAGAUGCAUGUGAUGAUGGUUCAUCAUCUAGAAGAAGCUGCAACUGGGGUAAGGAAGCCUCCAGUAAAGACCAAAACCUUCAAGGAACCUUGGUGUGCAAUUUGAACAACAUUAAACAGGAACCUAAAGACAAUUUGACACAAGCACAUAAUAAUAUGAGCUCCUUGUUUGCAAAUGGACAAAUGGGUGCUCAGAAAAAUGGAAGCUGUUGCCAAGAACUAGAGGGCCAGAGCACACAGGAUGCAGCACAUAAAACCAGUCUGAGUAAUCAAAGCUUUCAUCACAUAGGGACCAAAGAUGUCAGUGGGAAGAAAAAGAGUCCCAAAACCUCCGAAGAUCUGGCUGAAAAGGAUCACCAUGAUAAGAAGGGUGGUGGCACUUCAGAGGUACAGAUGGGUCUGAAUAACCUUAUGAACAACAACAGACCAAAAAAAUCUGACUGGACCUUGAAAUUAAAACUCCUAGUUGAAAACAAGAAGAGAGAAAAUACCAGUUUGGGGCCAGCAGCAGAAAAGCAACAGUCUGAUAAAGAUGGGGAUAAAAGUCAGAAAAGCCAGAAGGGUGGAGUUGUUGAAAGUGACAGUAGUGUGUCACUUGGCAAAUCCGGAGCAAUCUCAGAUGAGCAAGAUCAGCAAGGGCAGCUCCUCUCCAUAAAACAAGAAUCCAAGGACAGGCUGGCAGAAAAUAGAAAUACCCUGGGAGCAGAGGAGGAUCCAGAAGAGAGUAGCAGUGAUGAUGAGAUGGCCAAUGUUCCACUGUCACUGAUCAGGAAAGACCUAGUGAAAAAGAAAGCUGCCUCUGCAACCAGCCCUGUGACAGAUUCUCAAAUUGAUAAAGACCUCAACAAACUGUCCAUAGCUGCUUAUGCCAAAGCAACCAGUUUUCCUGUUGAUUCUAGCCAAGAAGACACCACUUAUUGUCAGGAUCGUAUUAAAAGGAAAGUUCAGGGUGCUCUUAGGAAUUGGUCUGACAGAGAGAGCAGUAAAUCCUCAUCUGAUGUGGACGAACCCCCAAUCCAAGUCAUUAUCAUUUCUGACACUUCUUCAGAUGAAGAUGAAAACAAAGAGGAUGUAGUCAGGAAGAGCAAACCAGAGAAAACAGGCGAAUGUCCAGAGAAGCCAUCCACCAGUGCCCUGGAGCAAGCAGCAUCCUCAAAUUCUCCGUUGCUCUAUGCAGAUUAUGAAUCCCAGUGUUUUGAGUUUGAAACUGAGGAUGAUAUUUACUCUGUUUGGCAAAACAGCCAGAUGAAUGAGACUACAGAGGCGAAGAGCCCUCCAACUGCCUGCUCCCCUGCACUGCCCAACCUGGGCGUUGCAAAGCAACUCAGUGACUGUGGCUAUGACACAGACUAUCUUGGAGAUGAUAUCACUGAAAAAGCAGCAGAUGAUCUUGAGCAGCAGGUCAAACAGCAAACAAAAGCAAAGCCUCAUGUGCCAGCCGCUGAAGGCUUUGACAAGCGAACCUCGGCGCCUCACUCACACUGUUUCACAGAGAUACAAGCAGAUGAUGGAGGAUGUUCCAAAUAUACAGAUCCACUUUUACCUGGGAUAUCAACAUCGCCUGGCCUUUCAUCUUCAACAUCUGUUGUUAAAAAAUCCACAAUACAGCCUGAGAAGAGUUUGGCCAAAUCCUGUGAAAAUAAAACUGCUAACAGAAGUCCUGCAAAAAGAUGUGUCAAGUCAAAUGUACACAGCAGGAAAUCCCCCCCUGGAGCAACAUCGCUCUUAACUCCUGCUGUAGUCCCACCCCACAAAGUUCAUAAAUUUCCUGGCCCAACCUCAUUGACGGAAAAACUGGGCUUGACAAAAAGAACCCGCAGAGCAGCUGAACUGUCUCAGCGUACUCAGGAUAGUAUUACAAAGCUGCGUGAAUAUGGGAAGACUGCCGGUGAGCUUCCUCAGAAAAGGAAAGCAAAAUUAAUACAACCUCAGCAUCUGAUUGAUAGAAACAAGAAAAUGUUAACCUGCCAGGAUCGCUACCUUCUUAGCCACAGGAGACAGAAAGAGAUAGAGAGGGGUCAUUGUGCAAAUAGCAGAAAUAAGACAGCCAAGAAGACAGCUCCUAAGCGAUGUUCAGAGUCUGCUGGUAGUACAGUGGUGAUUGAGAAUCAGAAAGAAAAAGCCAUUCAUUCCAGUCAUUCAUCGAGCAGUGAGAGGAAACAGUUAAGGCAGAGUUCACCAGAGACAGAUAGAGUGCAGUCCACAUCCAUCCCUCUAGCAAAGGAGUUUCCAUUAAGCAAGCAAGAAUCUAUCAGUUCCCAUACAAACAUCCAAGAAAGUACCUCUGCUGUUUCUGGCAAUUUAUCUUUUCCUGUAACUGAAAGCAGUAAAACAGAUCCUACGGUCAUUUCAAGUGCCACUGCUAGCCUGUCUAAUGAGGGUGUGGCCUCAAAAGAUGGUGUGUCUGAAUUAAAUGAGAAGGUUAUUGGAGAAGAUGAUGGCUUGUUUUUAACACAGAAGGAUCCAGUGGACAUGGAGCUGUGUUCACAAAUGGAAAAUGAAAUCCACUCCCCAGAUUUACCUCAGAACCCUUUGCAGGAUGACUCCUCAGGUUUUCCAAAAUGUAAGCGCGCAGGUUGUCCCAGAAAGGGGGAUGGAGCAGGGGGGUACUGUGAAGAACAUUCUGCUCAUGACCAACCAGAUCACCUGUUUGCCAAACCUUUUCCACCAGUCAAACUUUCCACAACAAAAAUGUUCAGCUCCAGUUCUUCUUCACGGACUGCCAACCUCACCAAGGAGCUGGAGACUAUCACAAAGACCCCAGUAGCUUCAAAAAGCAAACCAAUUCCCAUUAGACCCCCCGCCUCAGAUGGCUUGAAGCUGAGAACCCCAACAUUAAAAAGCAUUCUUCAGCCUCAGAACCCCAAUAGUAUCACCCAGCUGCAGAGUGGGCAAAAUAGUCAUAGCCCCUGUAACAGUCGGAUGCUGCCCACAGUCAGAGUGGGUUCCCGACAGGACACUCGUUCAUCUUGCCCACAGUUGAAUGGCAGUGCCCAGCACAGAGACCACAGCAUUUUCAUCAAAGAGGUUCUGAAGUGGAGCUAUGAUAUGUUUGCAAACGUCAGUCAGUUAGGGCCACCAGAUCAUCUCCUUCAAUCAGUUGUGGCCUCUGUUCCAGUCAGAUUUCAAGAUUACAACGAUUACUUCAAUACUUUAUUUCCUUUAACGAUGCUCAAUGCCUUUGAAGAGGUGGCGCAGGAAUGGCUAGACAACCAGAAAGCAAAAGAGCAAAAGCCAUUCUACUUGCAUUUGUUGAACUUCAAUGCAAAUUUGAAUAAAGCAGAUUUUACAGCUAAUAUUUCACAAAGCGAUCUGGACAGACAACUGCAUCCCAAAGAAGAUGACCUAGUCUUCUUAAAAGCAUCUGAGAAACGUUCCUAUUGUGAGGAAGAAGAGACAGAGGGCAAUCUAAUACGCUUUGUAGGCCUUGUGACUCGGUUUUCUCAUCCUACAAUCCGUGAUUCUAAAAGGAAAGAGCAUCAGGUUGUCUGCCACUUGUCCAUCCAAACACAAGCAAACCUGUCCCGUGUUGACAAGCAAGUCAGAUGUGUGGUGGUCAGUUCUUUGGUGACAACACAACGACGAUUCAGGGCCCUACUUUUGCUGAACCGCAGCCCUCUGGCCAAGCCCAUAAUCAGCCCAAGUUAUUCUGACUUCUGUCCAAAGGUCCUAAACACGGAUUCUGAGAGAUAUAUUUCUUGUUCGAGGGAAUUCAACGAAGAACAGAGGAGAGCCAUAGAAGUGGCCUGCGCCAUGGUGACACAACAUCCAUCUUUACCCAAAAUUUGUCUCAUCCAUGGGCCACCUGGAACAGGGAAAUCGAAGACUAUUGUUGGACUCUUGCACCGCAUCCUCAGUGAGAGAUCUGGGAAGGAAAACCCUGUGCAGAGCUUGAAUGCCAAGAUCAAGAGAAACCGAGUGCUGGUUUGUGCACCGUCCAAUGCUGCUGUUGACGACUUGAUGAAAAAAAUAAUUCUGGAGUUUAAAGAAAAAUGCCAAAACAAGAAUAAUCCUUUGGGCAACUGUGGCGACAUCAAUUUGGUGAGAUUGGGGCAACAAAAAUCAAUCAGCAAGGAUGUCCGGAAAUUCAGUCUGAAUGACCAGAUUGAUCACAGAAUAAACAGAGCAACUCUUGGCAAAGACCAACAUCUCCAAAAGAGUAAAGAAGAUCUGGAUCGGCAACUGGACAUGCUUUCUCGCCAGCGUGCUAUGGACCGAAGUGAGAAAAGAGAGAAGAAGCAACAGUUAGAUGAAGAAAUCUGCAGACUUUCAAAGGAGAGGCAGCGCCUGGCUUCUCAACUGAAGGAGGUCCACGGACGAUCUCAGGAGCUGAAAGCGAGUAUCAUCCUGGAGUCUCACAUUCUCUGCUGCACACUGAGCACCAGUGGUGGAGUGCUCCUGGAAUCAGCUUUCCGGAGGCUGGGCGGUGAUCCUGUCAGCUGUGUAAUUGUGGACGAGGCAGGGCAGACUUGUGAAGUUGAAACUCUCAUUCCACUCAUUCACGGCUGCAAAAAGCUUGUCCUGGUUGGAGACCCCAAGCAGCUCCCACCCACUGUAAAAUCUGUGAAAGCACAGAAUUAUGGUUAUGACCAGUCUCUCAUGGGUCGGCUAUGCAGUCACCUGCAAGAACAGGUACAAGAGAAUGUCAUGGGAAGGCUUCCAGUCCUGCAGUUGACAACACAGUACAGGAUGCACCCUGAGAUCUGCCUCUUCCCUUCCAAGUACAUCUAUGGGCAUGCCCUGAAGACUGAUAGGCAAACAGCAGAGAACCGGUUCUCUCUGGAAUGGCCCUUCCAACCGUACUUGCUCUUUGAUGUAUUGGAUGGCAAAGAAGAACGGGACAGUGAUUCCUAUGCUAAUCCCCAGGAAGUGAGGCUGGUGAUAGAAUUAAUGAAGUUAAUUAAGGAGAAAAGGAGGGACAUCGGCUAUCGCCACAUUGGAAUCAUCACCCCAUACAGUGCACAAAAAAGAAGAAUCCGGAAGCAGCUGGAUAGAGAGUUUGGAGAAAAUAGCGCCAGUGAAGUGGACACAGUGGAUGGGUUCCAGGGCCGAGAGAAGGACUGCAUCAUUGUUACCUGUGUCCGGGCAAACAGUACACAAGGAUCCAUUGGGUUUCUGAGGAGCCUCCAGCGUUUGAAUGUCACCAUUACAAGAGCCAAAUAUAGCCUCUUCAUCCUUGGGAAACUGAAGACACUAAUGGAAAGCAAAGACUGGAACGAAUUGAUUCAGGAUGCACAGAAAAGAGGCAACAUCAUCCAGACAUCCAGCAGCAGCUACAAAAGCUGUGCCUUGAAAAUCCUGAAGUCUCGGCCACUCCCCAACCUUGGGAUUCCCAUACCCAAGAGAGCUCCCCUGAGGCACACAGACACAGCCAGGAGAGAGCAGAAUGAAGCCUCCAACCAUGUUUCCCAACCCACCACAGCUAACAGUGGUGCUUUCACAGAAGGGAGCACUGCGGCACAACGUCUUUCUGUGCUCCAUGAGCCAUCUUCCUCUGUACCCCUUCCACCACAGGCCAGGCCAGUGGAAGAGAGACCCAAGGACCCUCGGCUGGUCAGGAGGGCCGAAUCCACCCUCCAGGUUGGCACCUGCAAGGUGGGCCAUCUGUCUGGGGUUUCAGGAGGAGAGAUACCCCAGAGCCAUGCUGUGCACCGGCUGUCCUCUAAUGCAGAAACAACUGGGAAUCCUAUUUCAAAUGCAUACGCAGCAGCCAUGGUUGUCCCAGCCAAACUCUCUGGCCCCUAUGCCACCAUGAGAGUUUGCCUCAGUGCUGAUGAAGCAAAGACUUUAGGUCAAGGAGACCAUUCAGCUCCUCACAAGCCAAGCCAAAAGAAAGACUGUCAUUCCAGGGGCAGGAGGUUCUCAAGAGCAGACAGCCCAGAUCCCUUAGACACCAAACGGAGACGGACCACUUGCUAGCCUGCACGUUCCUCUGUCUGCCUGGGCAUGAAGGGCCCCCUUCCUCAUGCCAAGGUAUGGGGUCCCCUGGUCUUCAUUUCCACUGCAAUGUCACGCCCUUGAAGCAUUAACUUUAUACUGGAGAGUGAGGGAAAUGUUCCACGCAAAACAGUUGUCUGUCGAAGCACUCACAUACAAAAAUGUUAGGAGUUAUGUAUAUUUGUAUAGCAGAAAUGAAUUUAUUUUUUAGAUCUGAAAUGGGGGUGGUGGUGGCUGCAGCUGAAUCACUUUCUCAUCCAAGAGUUCCCCAGGUGCUUCAUCACAUCUCACUCUGCUGGUCAUGACAGCAUUUGGUUUCUGUGCCCUUGCCCUGGCAUAGCUGUGCAACCACGGGCCAUGCAGUGUGCCCAUGGCUGAUGUCACAUCUCUCUGGGUCUAAAGCUGAACUUGGCAAAUUUGCUGUUGCUUGUUUUCUUUGCCACUUUUUGCUCCUUUUUGAUAUUGGAGAAAUACUGGUUUCUCUCUUUAAAUACGUAUAUAUCCAGAUAGAUAAAUAUCUCUUUAAAUAAAAAAAAAGACCAAGACUA